CUGUGAGUAAACCAACACUUUAAAUACGUUUGCUAUUGAAACACGUACGAAGUAUUAUUUUGUUAUUAAAAUAAAAAUAAACGAUAUAAGUAACAGUUUAAAAUGAGUGACGAGAGCAAUCCUCGUACGCUAUACGUUGGUAAUUUAGACCCAUCAGUCACCGAAGAGUUGCUAUGUGCAUUGUUCACAAAUAUUGGUCCAGUAAAUGCAUGCAAGGUAAUACGUGAGCCAGGCAGUGAUCCUUAUGCGUUUCUUGAAUUUGACACUCAUUCGGGUGCGGCUACGGCACUAGCCGCAAUGAAUGGUCGACUCUUUUUAGAUAAAGAGAUGAAAGUCAAUUGGGCCACAACGCCUGGCAAUCAACCUAAGCUUGAUACCAGCAACCAUUAUCAUAUAUUCGUUGGGGAUCUAAGUCCUGAAAUUGAAACACACACUCUGAAGGAGGCAUUUGCACCAUUCGGAGAGAUUUCCAACUGUCGUAUUGUACGCGACCCUCAGACUUUAAAGUCUAAAGGAUACGCUUUUGUAUCGUUUGUAAAAAAAUCUGAUGCUGAAAAUGCGAUUAACUCAAUGAAUGGUCAAUGGCUGGGUAGUCGGAGCAUCAGGACAAAUUGGUCAACUAGAAAGCCACCUCCACCUAGAGCACCAAACAAGUACAGUGGUUAUCGAGCAGUAACAUUUGAUGAUGUCUAUAAUCAGUCCAGUCCAACAAAUUGUACAGUAUACUGUGGAGGCAUUGUUGAAGGCUUAACAGAAGAGCUAGUUGAACAGGUGUUUUCACGCUUUGGCACAAUAGUUGAAAUUAGAGCAUUCCGUGAUAAGGGGUAUGCAUUUAUUAAGUUUUCUACAAAAGAAGCAGCAACGACUGCCAUUGAAGCUGUACACAAUACAGAAAUAAAUGGACACCCCGUUAAAUGUUUCUGGGGUAAAGAGUCAGGUGACCCAAACAGUGCAGCUAAUCUAGCUGCUCAGGCCGCAGCUAGUACCGAUACUACUGGUCAAUACUCAUAUAAUAUGGCUUAUAAUCAAGGAAUGAAUUACUGGUACCCAUAUGCUCAAAUGCAAGGCCAAUAUGUGCAGGGUAUGCAAGCCAGCUAUGGUGGUGCUGCUGCUUACAGUCAAUAUACUGGAUAUCCAUAUCAGAUGGCAAAUGCCACUGCAUAUCAAAUGGGUAAUGGAACAGGACAAGCUGCUAAUGGACAACAGAUGUCAACACCAGCCAAUAUGCAAGCUGGAGUUUACUCAAUGCAGUAUCAAAGUCAGUGACAACCGAUAAAAUAGAUUUCUUUAAGUGUUGAAAUCUUAUAAGUUUUCUCAUUUGUGCUCUGUAUAUAAAUCCAAAAAAAUACUAAAAUAUUAGAAAACAGAUGUAUGAAAAUAAAAAUUAUAAAUUUAAUUUAACCCGCUGUUCCAUUAUUUAUAGCACAUUUAUGGCCUCAUUGUAAGUUAAAUUUUUUUGUAUAAUUUUGUCCCCUCAAUCUAAUAAUUAAUAUAUACCUAUAUAUGUAUGUAUAAUAUAUGUGUAUGGCUAUAUAUAAUAUAUAUGUGUGUGUGUGUAUAUAUUUAUUUAUUUUUAUUUUAUGUUAAAUCAAUAUCAAUAUUUAAUAUGUAUAUUAUAUAUAUACUUAUAUAUAUAUAUAUACAUAUAUAUACUAGAUUAGAUUAUAAAAAACAUUGUUAAUUCCAUCUAGUGUAACUACAGUAUGACAUUUUAUUAAUAGGAUGUUAGGCAUACAUUAUAUUAUAUUAUUUUAGAUGUUAUUUCUAUUAUAAGGUUGUAAAAAUUAUAAAGAACCGAGUGCGUUCACCAUUUCAGUUAACUCAACUGCGAAUUUUGUAUAAUUAUAAUUAUGCUAUAUACUAUUCAUGUAUUUGUUGUGUUAUUAUAAUACCUAGUUAAAAAUAACUUAAUUAUAAUACCUAAUGUUUAAUUGGAAUUAGGUGUCUGAGCUGAAUAUAAAACACUAUGUUGACAACAUAAUUUGUAUAAAAUACAAUGGAUUCUUGUAUUUUUUAUGCUGGUACAAACAAUUAAAACUGAUUAAUCAUAAAAUAUUUUGUGAGAAACUGUGACUUACAAAUAAAUUAAAUUUAUAAAAUAAUUUUUUACAAUGCUAUUAUAGUUAAUAUAUUUAAUAUUGUGUAUUAUUGACAUGUUUCAUUAGGUGUCUAAGAUACAUUUGUAGUUGUAUUUUACAUUUAUGUGUGAACCCUAAGGGGCUGGAAAGAUGUUUAAGUCUAAUAAAAAUAUUUACUGUGUAUUCAUUAUAUAUUAAUAAUAAUCAAUACACUAUAUCAAA